AAAUAAAUGACGUCAAUUGUUUAUAUCGGCCGACGGCUGUUCAAGUUUAAAUUAUUGUGCCUUAAAAUACAAAAUUUAAAUAAAAUUUUAGUGUUUAUUCUUCUACACACUCUUCACAGACAGGGGCUUCUUUGCCGGAAUUUUCUUAAAAAACAACAACGAAAAUAUGACUACAAUAAAGGAAUUGCUUGGCCAAGGUGAUAUCAAAAAAACCAAAACGGAACUUCCUCCAAGAAAAUGUUAGAAGAUUGAAAGAAAUGAAACUGGACAAGACAAACAAAUUGAAUUCACAGCGUAACAAGAACCUUCAAGUACAGCCCCUGACGGAGAGGAGGAACACUCAGACUGCAGCUGGCAGUUCUCGUAACCUGUCACGACAAUUGGCAGUUGGCUCUCCGCCCCGCAAUAAGAGACCUGUUCAGGGCCAAGUCAGACAGCCAUGUGGGGACACCCCUGACACUGGUACCACAGUGGACAGUGUACCCAGAGGCUACCGCAGUCAAGGGUCCCAGACUCUCAACAGUAAACAGCUGGAGACCAUGUACUACGAUGGGGUGAUCCGCUACCCCAGCGCCCGCCUGGAGGAGGCAGCUAACAAGGGUUCUGCUCCCAGCAGUGGUGUGGCUGUCAAAGAGAUGGGGUUGCAGACUGAGGUUCCCCUAGAGGUCUUACACCACCCCCCACCCCCGGACAUUGGCCUCACAUGGGAUGAAGACAGGGAUGAGGAUAGCAUGGGAGGAGCCAAGGAUUUUGUAAAGAUAAAUGCAACUAUACCAGAGCCGUAUAGGAUGAAGACAGCAGACUCAAGUAAGAUGGACCCUACCAGAGCUCCCCCCACCUACCAACGUGGAGUUGUGCCCAGGUAUCUAAGGGAACACAGGAAAGAGCAGGAGAAGGAGCGAAUGGUGAGGGCAAAGGAAGCGGCUGAUGAGUGUCCAGAAGGUCAUAUUAUGUUACCAGAGGAUGUUAAACUGAAGCACCUCAACACCCUUAAGCAAAAUUACGCAGAGCUAGUGUCCCAGCUGAACCAGUUGCCAGUGAGCACAGACACGUUGCGCACACACGAACACGCAAGAAACAGAUAGAAGCAGACCUGGAUAAGAUAGAGGCGGCCAUCGCUCUAUUCUCCCGAGAGAAAGUUUUUGUCAAGGCAGACUCCUGACCCCACCACAAUCUAGUUUUUGACCCACUCUGAAACUGACACUUGCUGUAACAUAGUCUUGUAUUUAUAAUAUUUUGUAAAUUGUAUUUAUUUUCGUAUUGGUAGUAAAUGUUUAAGUGUUGAGCACUUUAUAUCGUAUUUAAAGCAUGGUCAAUUAUUGUUAGUACAAGAUUUAAAAUUAACAAUGUUUUUGUUGAAACCUUCUUCUGCUCAUCUCUUAUGAACAUCUCAGAGUGGAUCUGUUCGAUUUAGUUUAUUUUAAUUGCAUAAUUACAACCUUUUAAGUUACCCUGAAGGAAUAGAAAUAAAAAUUUUGUUUGAUAAUUUCACAAAGAAUUUUCAGGCAUUCUUGUUGAUAUCUGGCUUUUGAUAUAGACUUUUUUGCAGUGGCGGAUUUGAAAAAAUCCUCUACUCAGAUUUUGAAAAAUAUUUUAUAAAUCUUGUAUUGCAGCCAUAACAAAUAAAUUUAACCAUGGACUAAACUCUGAGCAUAAGUCAAUGCCUUUAUAAUCAUUUUAUUUUUUUAUCUAUUGAAAUGCAAAAUUACUUGUUCGAGUAAAGAUUACGGUUAAUAAAAUUAAGGUGGCCUCUGAAAAUCAGUAUUGGAGCCCUUGCUUUUAGGUACAUUUUGUAUACAAAAUCACCCUAUAGCAAUCAUGUUAGCAUUUACCAAAAUUUUCUGCAUAACUUCACUGAAUAUGUAAUAUAUAUAUAUGUUAAAUAACAUGACUCGUGAAAAUGAUAACUGUCCCAAACAAAUUUAAACUUAUUACAAAAAUUGAUCCUUGGUUAGAUCUGUUGCCCAGCUCGUUACACCAUUUCUUUUCAAUAUGGUGGUUGUGUAAACUUUAAAACCUAGAUUAAAAAACUGUUCUAGAAUUUUUAUAACAUUUCUUAUUUUUGUUAACGGUUUUCGAGUUAUUGGGUACAUAUAAAAAUCCCAUGAGAAUAAAUUAAUAUUUCAGCUGUCACAAAAUGCACCUACUUCUUUUGAUUGACCUGAAAGGACUAUUUUGUUGGGUUUUUAACAAGGCUCAAGCUCAGGAGGAACUUGCAUAAAUAUGUUUUAUAAUUCAAAAUAAUUCUUUCCACUACACAAAAGUUUCUCAAAAUUCUUAGUAGUUUGCAUUCUGACAGCUACUUAACUGGUACAAUACUUUGAAUUUUGAUAAAAAGACAAUACCAAAUUUAUCUGAACUCUUAUUCAUUUACGAGGGCUAUCCAGAAAAAUGAUUACGUUUCACUCUGUAUCACGGCCAUUUGUAUGUCUGGGCUUUUCUCCAUUCAGUGGCUAUCCAGCCAUUCUAGUGAGAGGUUACUGUCACUCCUUGUUGUUUUACAAUAGCAGUUUAAAAUGUGUGACACAAUUGAAAAUCCCACAAGUUGUGAAGUGCGGUGAUACAGUUUUUGUGGGCUAAACACAAUAAACCAAUUGAGAUUAAUCAUCAAAGUUUAUGGGAACGAUGUGAUUACUGGAGGUGGUGUGUGUCAGUGGUGGCAUUAGGUUUAAAAAUGGCCAAAAUAAUGUGCAGGAUGACAAACAAAGUGGAAGGCCAAACAUUGUGACCGAUAAAAUUUUCUCUGAAGCCAAUUACGCAGAAUAACUUCUGCGUAAUUUUGUGCAAGAUGGGAACCGAAAAUCAACACAUAGCAAAUCGGACUCAAGAAGUCCAGGAUGCUUUUAAGUGGGAGGUGUCUCCACAUCCACCUUAAAGUCUUGACCUUGCACCUGACUAUCACCUGUUUCCAGCAAUGAAGAUCUAGCUUGUGAUGCAAUUCUUUGAUGUCAACGUGGAUCUGACUACAGGGUGUAACUACUUGGUUGAAGUCAAGCGGCAGAAUUUUAUAACACUAGAAUUUUGAAACUAGUUCACUGCUAUAAUAAGUGCCUAAAUUUUUAUGGUGACAAUGUUGAAAAAUAGUAUUUUAGGGUCACUUUCAAAUGUAUAUAAUACAAUUUUUUUCUCGUACUUUGUCUUUUGUUUAUACCAACUCUUAUAUUUCAAUUACAUAACUUUACCUUUCAAAUAAUUAUAUACUUUUCAAGCUAUAAACUGUAGCUUCUUAUUUUAAACAAAAUAAAACUUUGUAUAUAAUAUAGAUAUAGGGUAAUUUUAUUUCUUAAGCUUACGUGGGUAGCUUGAUCUAACUUAGCCAGUUCACACCAUGUCUAAGUAUUGCUUAUCAAAAUUAACAUGUUGAGAUAUGGUUGGUUUGAUUUAAGAUUUGCUGGCUGAAGAUGGAUGUUCACAGACUCUGAACUUAGAUUACGUGAUCGAGGUUAUUGUAUGAAAGUUGUAAUAAAUACAAAUUAUUUUAUGAACAUAA